GCCAGGUUACUGGUGCUUUUACUUUAAAUUUGAGGACCAGUUACAGUCAAGCAAGAAAAAAACUGAGGGCACUUACGAUCUACCUUACUGGGAUCGUGCAGGGUGGUGGAAAGGAAUGAAGCAGUUUCUCCCAACGAAAUCAGCAGAACAUGAAGAAACUCCCGUACGCUACAGCAGCAGUGAAAUUGGUCACCUAAGACCAAGAGAAGUCCCAACAAUGCUGCAAACAGAGUCUGCAGAGUAUGCUCAGCCACUGGUAGGGGGAAUUGUCGGCACGCUUCAUCAGAGAUCAACCUUUAAACCAGAGGAAGGGAAAGAAGCAAGUUACGCCGAUUUGGACCCUUACAAUUCACCCAUACAAGAAGUUUACCAUGCUUAUGCUGAACCGCUACCUAUAACGGGACCGGAAUAUGCAACUCCAAUAAUCAUGGACAUGUCCAACCAUCCCAGCACCCCUCUUGGCGUUCCUUCCAUUUCCACCUUCAAAGCUGCAGGGAAUCAAGCUCCUCCACUGGUGGGAACUUACAAUAAACUCUUAUCUAGGACAGACAGCGCAUCAUCAGCACAGGUGCUGUAUGACACACCAAAGGGGCAGCCGGGGCCAGGUGCCACUGAUGAAUUGGUGUACCAGGUACCACAGAGUGUGGCCCAUUCCGCUGGGAGUAAGGAUGAACUGAGUUAGCUCACGAGUAAGGUAGAAUGAUGGCUUGCUUUUUAAAAGCCAAUUCCAUGAAGCUGACAGUUUCACUUUUUAAUCGCGUUGUUUUGAUAUUGUUAGUCUUAAAUAAUACAAUGUUCAACCAAAAGAUGUGGUAUUGGAGGUCUGGGAAACCAGUAAUUCUGCCUUUCCUUAAGCUGUAUAUGUAAUGACAGCUUGUUUCCUGCAAAACUGUGGACGUUUUUAUUACUACUGUACAGUUGUCUGUCAGACAUGAGAGAAGAACUCUUCAAGAUUAGCUUCAGUAAUUCAUAGAUGUGAAUGCUAAAUUGGGAGAAACAGUUUAAAGUAUGAAAGCCAGUAAUUUCUCGCUAAUGGUACUAUUUCGGGGGGGGACGACCAAACAAACUCAAAGCUCCUAAUUUUCUAAGAUCUAUAUGUAAGCACUAUAGCUUCUAAAAUUAAUUUUACACUCUAUAAAAUGCCUGCACAACUUUGGAUUUUAAAAACUACUGUCAGGACUGAUGGCAAAAAUCCCAUUCACUUCAUGGCAUAAAAUAGUUUUGAUUCUAAAUUGCAUUGCUUCAGCUUUUGUUCACAGCAUUAGGAAUCAUCAGCUGUGUGUUCCUCAGAAGUUUGCCACCAUUUUUGUUAGCCUUCCAAAACUAGAAUCCAUUGUCUGUACAAUCUGUUUUCUGCCUCAUCUCCCUAAGCCACUCAGUCCUGUUCUUCCUAGGGAUCCAGGAGGCAGAAAGUCAUACAAGCAAACUACACAGUAACUACUUUUACAUUUUUUUUUUUCCCUACUAAGUGAAGGCUGCGCUGAAUAGCGUCUGCCUCAAAAUUAGACUUCCCUGAUGGUCAGUGUGCAAGAAGCAUCCAGGUGUUAGAGGUGACUGAAUUCAGAAAGGUUCUCCCUGUCCCCCUGCCCUGAUUCCCCCCAGAGUACCUAUUGUUGUGUGUUAAGAUGUGAGCAUAUACAAAGCAAGCUAUGUAUAUAACUUCAUGAGUGCUUAAGGAAGCACACAAAUACUCUAAUGGUGCACAGUUUGUGUUAUACACACUUUUAGCACAUAGGGUACAUUUUAGCACAAUUGAAAAACUUUAGCCUUAGGGCUUUUCUUACAAUUGUUCAUAUUAGAAGUAUAGAAGAUUCCAAAACGUUUGCAAGAGAACCAGUACUGUUCCAAAGCAUGUCCAUUUCAGAAGCGUUUAAUGAAAGUUGUAUCCUUUGAAUGUUCCAGUGUUCUCUGCUAUGAAAACAUUGCAGUCAGUCUUCUAUUUGAGCUAACAUAGGCUAGAUUUAGCUAGGUAAUCAUGAAAUGAAAACAAUUUGGAUGUCAUAGUUGCCAUUUUUUAUCUUGUUAGAAACAAAGCACAGCUUUUUAACCUAAGUAGGAGAAAAAACCCACAACAAAAAUGCUUUAUUUUUAUGGUAACAGCACUGUUGGGAGGAUGCUGAAUUAAUUUAUACAUGUGAAAGCCCCUACCGACACAUUACCCCAGUUUUAUGGACUUCAGUGGUUACUGUUUGUUUCUGUGAUGUAACUCAUUUCAGCCUUGUUUAUUGCCCAGGGUCCUUAGUCUAGGUGGAGAACAUCCAAAUCGAAACUAAAAUACUGUUCAAGAGGGCUGCCACCAUGUCUUUAUACCAGUAUGGUAUCCUAAUUUAUCACUUAAAAAGUUGUUUGCACAGGGGCUAUAUAUAAAACUCAGUAAUCCAGAAUUACUCAUGGUCUGUUCAACAUCUAGAAUGUGUUCUUACAUACUCUGUGCUACCUUAAAGCCCAACUCUACAAUUUUUUGAUCAUUCAAUCUCAUUCACUGAGAAUGAUAAUUAAUUACUUUUUAGAAUUGGGUGUCUAAAUGUGAAUGUAAGUAAGGGUGGUAUAUAAGACCCAUUCAAGAAAAAGAAAUUCCUGCCUAUAGUUCUAUUUUUUUUAUUGCAACUGUUUCUGCUUGAUAAAGCUAGUCUGCAACCUUUGUUAAACAAAGGUUUGUUAACCUUUGCUUAAACAGGUAAGUGUUCUUAUCCAUCAGCAGCAACUAUGACUUCAAAAUGAUCUGAGCUGAUUUUAUUUGAAAGGGGCGGGAGGUUAUUUGUUUGCACCAAGAUGUGACAUAUUUAUUCCAGCCAAGUUAAGAAACCUCUGCAUUCUCAAACUGUACCAGUUAAAAAAUUAAUCUAUCAUAAUGGAUGUGUUCAAGUCAGUAAAAUUAACUCGCUUGGAUUUAAUUUUUUAGUGUAGGCCAGGUAUGGUAGCACUGUGGAUAUACUGUAGGAUAAGAUGGGAUAAGAAUUAAACAGUUUCUCUACAGUGGGUUAUUUUUAAGCACCCAUACUGUAGAUUCAUUAUCUGAGCAGCAUGAGCUGUUGCCUGGAAUGGUUGCUUUUAGGAAUUUAAGUCCCUUUUCUGAAAGAAAUUGGUCCCAAGCUUUGCUCCCUGCUUUCAACUUUGAACAUGUUACCUGGUAGGACUAAGAAGAGAAGGUUGAACAUGUAAUGGUUGGGUUUAAAAUGUAUGCUAUGACCUGUUGAACAUUGAUUCCCAAUUGUAAGUUGCAUGACACACUUAAAAUCAGCAUCUGCUGUGCACAACACAAGCAGAGGUACAUUUAAUGGGUCUCUCUUACAUGUGAAGAUAUACAGAUAUAAAAUGUAUUUCAAUCUUGUUUGGCCUGAGUAUUCUCCCAGAAUGUAUGUUCUUACCUCAGCAUGUAUUGUAGUUGCUCAGUAUUUGUAUAUGUUGCUAGAACUUAGACUGUAUAAAUAGUGAGGGAUUUUUAUAUGUAUGUUAAAAAGUCUUUUAAAUAAAUUGUACAUACAUAUUA